AUGGCAGCGACACAGGACGACAAGCCUCAGGGCACAAAGCGAUCUCGAGACGAGGCCGACGAUGACAAUGCGAAUCCCGCAGCAGCACCACCACCAGCAGACGACAGCGACUCGGACGACGAUGAUCUCGGCCCUGCUCUGCCCUCAGCAGAAGCUCCACGAAAGAAGCGGAGAAAGCUACCAUACGAGAAGCAAUAUGUCGCUGCCCUGCCUUCAGCAUCGAGAUACUCCAAGUCUAUGAUGCACAAAGAUCAGCUUGCCUUUUGUACCUUUACACCGCACACCGAUUUUCUCGUCACGAGCUCUGUGGAUGGCUUUGUCAAAUUCUGGAAGAAGACCUCCGGUGCGAUUGAGUUUGUCAAAGAGUUCAAGGCUCAUGAGGGAGAGAUUAGGAGCGUCACGGUCAGUGCGGAUGGGAGGAGUUACGCUACGGCGGGCGUGGACAACACAAUCAAGAUCUUCGAUGUUGCGACGUUCGAUCUUCUGGCCCUGCUGGAACCGGAAGUGCCACCGAAGUGCAUAUGCUUCGUCCAUGGUCAUGGUACAUCAUAUCCACUGCUGGCUGUCUCCAAUGAUGCCGACGGAAAGAUUGCAAUAUACGACGGAAGAGGAGAGAACCAGAAGCCGAUGCACACCAUAACUGCACUCCAUCGCAAGCCGGUACAUCUCAUGGCAUACAACAGCGCAUACAACUGCGUACUAUCCGCCGACGAAGCAGGCAUGAUCGAAUACUGGCAACCUUCCGGCUCCUACGAAAAGCCCUCCAACGUCUUCGACCUGAAAAGCAGCACCUCCCUCUUCGAAUUCAAAAAAGCCAAAUCCAUCCCCUGCUCAAUCAACAUCUCCCCCAGCGGUCACCAAUUCGCAACCUUCUCUUUCCCUGACCGAAAAGUCCGCAUCUUCGACUUCCCCACCGCCAAACUCUACCGCACCUACGACGAAAGCAUACCCACCAUCACAGAAAUGCAACAAGCCGGGACUCUGAGCAAAGAUCCCCUCGACCCCAUCGACUUCGGCCGCCGCAUCGCCGUGGAACGCGAAAUCGAAAACCCCUCCAUCGCCAACCGCAUCAACAUCACCUUCGACGAAAGCGGCCACUUCAUCCUCUACGGCAGUAUCCUCGGCACAAAGGUCAUUAACACCCUCUCCAACCGCUUGGUCAAACUCUACGGCCGCGACGAACCCUUCCGUCCCCUCCACCUCGCCCUCUACCAAGGCCAACCCGACAAAAAAUCCCUCGUAACCGUACAAAUGGCCGCCUCAGAGAACCCUCUCCUCGCGGAAGCCGAAGCCCGCGACGCGAUGCUCGUCUCCACCGCCGUGGCCAAAGUCCGGUUUUACAUGUUCACCAAUGAAGACAACGUCUCGAAAUCCGACCGCGACAUCCACAACGAGAAACCUCGCUCCCUCCUCGCGAAUACCAAGUCCGCAGCUGAAGAAGCCCGCGAAGCUCGCAUGGGAACUUCAGCUACGAUCCACACCACUCUGGGCGACAUCCACAUCCGGCUCUUCCCCGCUCACGCUCCCAAGGCAGUGGAGAAUUUCACCGUUCACGCCCGCAACGGGUAUUACAACAACCUGACUUUCCACCGCGUCAUUCGGAAAUUCAUGAUCCAGACCGGCGAUCCGCUUGGUGACGGUACCGGCGGAGAAUCCAUCUGGGGCAAAGAAUUCGAAGAUGAAUUCCAUCCGGAGUUGAAGCAUGAUAAGCCGUACAUGGUCAGUAUGGCGAACGCAGGCCCAGGAACGAACGCGAGUCAAUUUUUCGUGACGACGGAGAAGGCGCCGUGGUUGGAUGGGAAGCAUACGAUUUUUGGACGGUGUGUUAGGGGGAUGGAUGUAGUGCAUUUGAUUGAGAAUACGAAGGUGUUUAAGGAGAAGCCGGUGGAGGACGUGAGGAUUGUUAGUAUUAGUAUUGGGUGA